GAAGUAUAUAUGCAAAAGUCUGGAGCCAAUGGAGGAAAAAAGCUGGCUAUCUACUCGAAGCUGAAUUUGAAUAGAAAGGCGGAGGUGGACUGCGGCAAUGGGAACGGCGCCGUUUAUGCUGAAGCUUCCAUGGAUUUCAGCGCUGAUGAGUUUUUUCAAGCCGCCACAAAACCAAGCAGGUGUCUGAGGAAGCUAGCUCUUGCUCAAAGACGAAGGAACUCACUGUUUCUUGCAAAUUCCCCUGUGUUUGAUUUCCUUGGGAUGAUGGCAAGCAAGACAGGAUCAAAUACUCAAUUCUGGGGUUUUAUCACUUUCUUCAUGUUCUUUUUUUCUUCUGUUCAUGCAAUUAAGUCAAUUCCGACAAAUGACACUCAAGAACUAAUAUCAUCUAUCUCAUUGAGACUUGACAUCACACAUACACAUGUGGUGAUGGACAAUGGUUUCAUCAAAGUGACACUAUCAAACCCGACGGGUGCAAUUGUAGGGAUUCAAUAUCAUGGAAUUGAUAACGUACUUGAGCAUAGUUUCAAAGAAACAAAUAGAGGAUAUUGGGAUAUUGUAUGGAUGAGGCCAGAGACAGACAACCGUGGCAAUUAUGAUAAGCUUAAAGCGAAACAUUUUAGAGUUAUCACAUCUGACGAAAACCAAAUCGAGGUCUCCUUCACAAAAGCUUAUGAUCGAAAAGAUGCUUCUAGUGUUCCUUUAAACAUAGAUAAAAGGUAUGUAAUGUUGCCCAGACGAUCUGGUUUUUAUACGUACGCAAUCUAUGAGCAUAUUAAAGGAUGGCCUGAUGUAGAUAUCGUUGAAAAUCGGCUAGCUAUCAAGCUACGACGAGCACUGUUCAACUAUAUGGUCAUAUCAGAUGAGAUACAAAGAGAAAUGCCCAGUGAUAAAGACCGAUCUAUUGGAAAGAAACUUGAUUAUAGAGAAGCUGUCUUACUAACCAACCCAUCCAAUCCUAGUAUGAGGGGAGAGGUGGACCAUAAGUAUCAGUACUCAUUAGAAAAUAAAGAUAACAAAGUACAUGGAUGGAUUUGUCGCAAAAAGCAUGUUGGAUUUUGGAUCAUCACCGGGACCGAUGAAUUUCGUGCCGGAGGACCAAUAAGACAAGAUCUCACCUCUCAUGUUGGUCCGACAGUUUUAUCAAUGUUUUCCAGCAGCCAUUAUGUUGAUUAUAACUAUAGACUUGGUUUGAGAAAUGGGGAAGCAUGGAAGAAGGUAUUUGGACCAAUUUUUAUUUAUCUCAAUUCUAAUCAAGGGGAUAAUCCGAAACUUCUAUGGGAAAAUGCUAAAGAAGAGAUGGUUGCAGAAACUAAAAGCUGGCCUUACGCUUUUCCAAAAUCAGAGGACUAUCUAAGUGCUAGCCAACGAGGCAAAGUUACGGGUCGAUUACUAAUUCUUGAUAGAUAUCUAUGUGAAGAGCAUAUUCCAGCAAAAUAUGCGUACAUCGGAUUAGCUCCACCCGGAGGUGAUGGGUCAUGGCACGAAGAUGCUAAGGGUUAUCAAUUUUGGACAAAAACGGAUGGCAAUGGAUAUUUCAAGAUUAAUGCAGUAAGACCUGGAAACUAUAACUUAUAUGGUUGGGUCCCUGGUUUCUUGGGAGAUUACAGAAACAAAGGUGACAUUAUAGUUCGACCAGGAGAAGAAACUAGACUCGGUGAGAUUGAGUUCUUACCUCCUAGAAAUGGUCCAACAAUAUGGGAAAUCGGCAUCCCUGAUAGAAAGGCUGCGGAAUUCUUUGUACCUGAUCCUAGACCUGAGCUGAUGAACUACGCUUUGAUUAAUCAUACUGAAAAAUUUAGGCAAUAUGGUCUAUGGGAUCGUUAUAAAGAUCUAUACCCUUCACAAGAUUUGGUUUACAAAGUUGGUGAAAGUGAUUAUCGAAAGGAUUGGUUUUUUGCCCAUGUCAACAGGAAAGUUGGGAAGAAAACGUACGAACCAACGACAUGGAGGAUUUCGUUCCAGUUCCAAAACGUUAAUGUAACAGGAACGUAUGCCCUUCGGAUAGCAUUAGCUGCCACCAACUUAGCCAGAAUUGAGGUUUUGAUAAAUAACCCAAAUGCACGCCCUAGCUUCACAACAGACGGAAGCAGAAGGGACAAUGUGAUUGCCCGACACGGAAUCCACGGAGCAUACACUCUUAGCAGCUUCGAGUUUCAAGGAAGAGAACUUCAUAACGGAGAAAACUCAAUAUAUUUGAGGCAGGCAAGAGGAGGGUACCUUUUUAAUGGAGUCAUGUAUGACUACAUCCGUUUGGAAGGACCAAGCUUCUAAGAUUUUAUAUAUAUACAUGCAUGCAUACGAGGUCUUUUGUGUCUAGGAUGAACAUGAUGUCUUUCUUUUAUGUAUUGUUCAUGAGCUCAGGUCGUCUAGGAUUAGGUACUUUUUUUAUCUGAUUCUAGACAUGACCUCGUGAUAGGCUAAGAUGAAAUUGGUGUAUUUUGUGUACUUUUCAGAACUCAAACAAUGUUUUUUUUUAAUUAUUAUUCUAAAACAAUUAUUGAAA